AUGGCCGACGUGCAACCCCCACCGCCGCAGCCGCAUCGCGUCCGGAAGAGGCGGAGACGGACCAUCGCCUGCUCGCAGUGCCGCAGCAGGAAACUGAAAUGCGACCGCGAGUAUCCGACAUGUGGCCGGUGUCUGAAGGGGAAAUCGCCCACCAAGUGCUCUUACGAAGAUGGCUUUCUGUGGCAGCAACCGAGCACGGUGGAAGCUUCGUCUUUCCCCGACCGAGUGGUUUCCGCCCCCCGGACGCAGCCUACUAUGCACUUGGUCGAUCCGCCGGUCGCCCACCCGACCCCAGACUCGGGGAUAAGCAAGUCGUCUCGGCCUCAACUGACGAAUUCGAUGCCGGCGGCAUGCCCUGUGGAGGAGAAGCGCGAUCGCUUUCUGGAGACUGUUCUAGGUGCCCCAAAGGCUGCUGUCAACCAGAAAUUCAUGAACAGCCCCGAAAUCUUGCACCGUCACAGACACCACCCUGCCACACAGGCCGACUCGCGCACCAGCUCGGUGCAGGACGAUGAGCCUCCGGUUUCUCCAUCACAGCCGCUUGACCUCUCGCCUCGAAUCAUGAUGAGGGGGAGAGAUACAAAGACUCGCUUCAACGGGUCAGGCAUCUUUGCGAGCCUCAUUGCUCAGUUUCCCGAUCUCAGAACCUUUGCAGAGGAGAUUCGACUUUCAAGUCCUCAUCUAUCUGCUCUUCGGCCUGACCUGAUGAGGGUGUCGAGGGGUCUUUGGAAGAUCAAACCGCUGAGCGAGCCUAUCCCGGACACCGAUACACUGUCCCUGCUUGCGUUGCUUCCGUCUCGGCCAGUCGUGGAUGAACUGGUCGUUUUGUUCCUCACAUAUAUCGAGUCCACACAUAGGAUACUCCACGUCCCGUCUUUCCUAAAGGAGCUUGAUGAAUUCUGGGCCCGUACAGCCAGUCCUGAGCUCAUUUCCCCAACAUUUGCUGUCCAGUUGCUCCUUGUCCUCGCCUGUGCAUGGAACCUUGCAGACCUCGCUAGCCUCGAACUCAAGAAUGGGUCGAGCUUGCGGUGUUAUACUGCGUUGGAUUGGACCCUGUUUGCUGAAAAGUGGAUAGAGAACGCUCCCAUUAAGCGUUCAGACAUUACCGUUCUCCGUUUGCAUAUCUUGCUAAUAAUUGCCCAAAACAAGCAUGGUAUGAAGCGCAGCAAAGCCUGGCUUUCAAGCGCAACGCUGGUGAAAAAGGCCAUGUUAGCUGGAUAUCAUCGAGACCCUAGUUUGUACGCCAAGAUCUCACCCUUCAACAGAGAAAUGCGCAGGCGCAUAUGGACCACCAUCGUGGAACUCGAUCUCCAGGUCGCUAAUGAGCGGGGAAUGCCGCCUUGCGUGCAAGAAUCCGAUUAUGACACGGCGCCGCCUCUUAAUGUUAAUGACUCUGAUCUUCAAGAGGACAUUGAAGAGCUGCCAGUGGAGCGACCGCUGGAGGAAUUCACCGACUGCUCUUUCCAAGCAGUCCUUACCCCAAGCCUGUCAUUGCGCUUAAAAGUCUGCAGGCUGAUGCACUCUCCACGAAUAAGAUGUCGCUAUGACGAGAUUCUCCGCUUGGAUUGGGAACUGAACCGGCAUCUGUCGAAGAUACCCAAUUGGAAAGUCUCCGAACUCGGCAGCACCCAAACAGGUGACAAAGUGAUCUUAACGCAAGCUAUGCUGGAGAAUAAGCUCGGACUUAGUCUUCUAUCGAUUCAUACUCCAUUUGCUAUUGAGGCGUCACGAGAUCCUUUGUUUGCUCCAUCCGCCAGGGCGCGGCUGGAGCUGGUGACUAUGAUGCUCUCGACACAGAAACGACUGCAUGAGAGGUCGAGAUCUUUGUCUCUGUGCAAUCUUGGUGAUUGGACUGUACAGGCGUCUUGCUCAAUAUGCCAGCUUCUACAUGAGGCAGCAGGUAACCGCGCCGUUAAUUCCGUUACCCUGCUUCAUAGUCUCCCAGGACUGCCCGAGUCAUUAGUCUCCUUGGUAGAGGUCGCUUUGACCUGUCUUGAGGCCCGGCUUCUCCAGGUGAUCAAAGGAGCAAAGGAAUACUUUUUCAUGUCCACCAUUCUUGCACUUGUAAAGGCGAAAUUAUGGCCAACACAAGCAACCGCCUACAAGCAGGAGGUUGUAGAGCGCGUCAUCCUAUUUGCCCAAACACUGUUCUCUCAGCACGCCAACUGCUCUCACUUGGGAGAGCUAGGCAUGGGUAACUUCAAAUCCAAUCAAAUUCUGGGUUUGAAUAGCCUUCAACCCGUGCCGCCGCAAUAUGUCCCUGAACUCAAUGUUCCUCUGCCAGAUGAUCUCGGCCUCAUGGCUUCUGGCGAUUUAGAUCCCUUCUUAGAAGCAUUUGACUGGGAUGAAUUAGCGGGUUUUACCUUUGAAUGA